GACUCAGUUACUGCACUUGUCACCUCCUUCAACUUAUCUUUCUCUUCCACGAUGAGCAGACCAGCUCUGCUGCACACCUGCAUGGCUUUCUGCAGCUUUCUCCUCCUCACCUUGGCCACAGAGUGUCUAGCUUUCCCAAAGACGGAAAGGAAGGAGGUGACACAGGCUUAUGAGGAGAAAGAGCAGUCCCGGAAGAUGAGCACAGAUGACAAGGAAAACGUCUCCUUUGCUGCCAAGUCCAUGCCCCAGCAGAUGUUCUCUGACGCUCCAAUGGUUCUGUCUGCAGGACCUACAGUGACACCAUUAAGUAAAGUAUUCUCUGUCAGUGAAGAAACCCACCUUCCAGGAGCUGGGCUUCUGCAUCCUACCAGCCCUGAUCUUCUCUCUUCCAGUGAGCCAGUGGCCUCAGCCAGUGAACAAGAGCAUGGUCCCAGCCAGCUCAAAAGAGUGUCUCCUGAACAGGGACUUUACAAAGCCACGUUACCCAUUGCUGUCUCUUCACCUGCAUCCUUGAGUCCUGACCAGGAGGGAGCCUACAGCAAUUCUAGCACCCAGCCCCUUGUAGACAGGAUCACAGAUGGAGCACACAGCUUCCUGAGGUAUGUGGACAGUCAGUUGUUUUCAACUGAAAGUCAGGAAGCAGCUAGUUUGGAAAAUUCACCUUCUUCCUAUAUAGAGACCAAAGAAAUGCCAUCCACCAAUCCAAGAACUGAGCAAGUUAGAGCAGAUGCAGCCAAGAGCAGGACUGCCUUUCCUGGGAUUGAUUCCACAAAAGACACAGAGCCUGAUGGGGAGAGGACCUCUCAUAUGCCAGCAGAUGAUGCCCAGAGCACUCCCACCAUACACUUGGUGGCAACCUAUCAGAAUGUCUUCAAUAUUGAGUCAACAGCUGACAGUCUUCCGGGGCACCCUAAGGGCACAGUGAGUGUCAGCAGAGCUGCCCCAGUUUCUUCUGACCUGAGUGAUGAGUGGGAUGACACCAAAUUUGAGAGUGUAAGUCAGAUGAGGCCCCUGGAGCCAGGAGACAAUGCAGAGACUCGAGUGAGAACAGAGCCACCAUAUAGGACAUUUGUGAGCUUUGAGGGGACUGAGAGGAACCCCACUUCUAUGGAGGUCACAAAGAAGCCUGCAGGGCUGCCAGGAGGAGAGACGCCCUUGGCAACAGCCACAAUGACUGCACUUGAGGGUGAGAGAUCACCGGUCUUUAUCCAUCAGAUCCCCUUCACUCCCACGAGGCUGACAGAAGACUCUGAAGUUUCCACUGUGAAUCUGUUCCCAGGUACAGGAGGCUUCAUAGCAUCCACCCAGGAGGACAGGACCAUGUUUUCCCCAGAGACUGCAGUUUCUGCCUCUCAGUAUGAGUCCGAGGCUCAGCAGGCAGCAGGAGAUGUGCUAAUAGACAUCACUCAAGAGAUGGCAGUGGCCACUCAAGAACCGGAUACGACACUACCCUUGGCGACACAAGAGCACAGACCCACUAUGGAGGUUCCCAGAGUCAGUGGAGAGUCUGAAGAAGCCAUGGUAUCCCCCUCUCCUGUGUCUGUUUAUGUGGGUGCCACUGAGCUGUCUAGAAGAUGGGGGUCUCUGGCCACCCCAGCCUCCACCACUGCUGUCCCUUUGUCCCUGGAAGCCACCUCUUCCAUAGAAGACCUAUUGGACACAAUCACUGGGCCAAAUGAGGAAUUCAUACCAGUUUUGGUCUCUCCAAUGGUACCCCCUGAAAUGACUGUGGAAGCUCCCACGAUUUCUCCAGCAUUCUCUUUUGAGGAAAGAACUAGUUCAUCCAUCAGCCCCACAAAUCCAACUGCUUCUUCCUAUGGCCUGGAACAACUCGAAUCUGAAGAGGCUGAAGAUGAUGAGGAUGAGGAGGAUGAAGAUGAGGAGGAAGAUGAGGAAGAUGAGGAGGAAGAUGAGGAGGAAGAUGAGGAAGAUAAAGACUCAGACUCCUUGUAUAAGGACUUUGAUGGUGACACUGAGCUACCAGGGUUUACUCUGCCUGGCAUCACAUCCCAAGGGCCUGACAUAGAGCCCAGAGGAAUGGAUCUACUAGAGGUAGCCACCUACCAGGUGCCAGAAGCCAUUGGGUGGGAACAACAGAAUCAAGGUCUGGUGAGAAGCUGGAUGGAAAAGCUAAAAGACAAGGCUGGCUACAUGUCUGGAAUGCUGGUGCCUGUUGGGGUAGGGAUAGCUGGAGCCUUGUUCAUCUUGGGAGCACUCUACAGCAUUAAAGUUAUGAAUCGCCGAAGAAGAAACGGCUUCAAAAGGCAUAAAAGGAAGCAGAGAGAAUUCAACAGCAUGCAAGACAGAGUGAUGCUGUUAGCUGAUAGCUCUGAAGAUGAAUUCUGACUUGAACUUGGGUUUAAUUGCAUAGUCAAUGAGAUCGUUGCUUUAUUUUAUAUUUGGAGGCAAAAAGAAGAAAGAGAAUAAGUAAAUAAAUAAAACGGUAUCUCACCACCUUGCUGCUACCAGGCCUUUGGUCCAGCCCUUGAAUGUGCUUGAGAGUAGAUUUUUCUUGUGCUGAGCAGAAAAAACACACUGUAUAUCAAAUGCAGCACACAGUGUUUGGCUAUUCUGUAGUAUGUUCGCCAUCACCAAGGGCUGCAACUUAAAAACACAUAGUACACAUGUUCAGUGGGGUUAGCUGGGUUAGGUAGAAUAAAUAUUUUGUAUUUUUCCACUGCCUUUUCCUUGGUUUGGAUUAUGCUGGACUGAAGUUAAUGGUGUUCCCACCAAGGCCUCCUCAGCUUUGAUAAACAAAUUCUAAGGAAGAGUAACUGCUCACAAUCUUUCUGUGCCAUUUUGAGAUUGUUGGCUUGUGGACAUUGCUGUGCCCUAUGCCUGUAUCAAAGACUAGUUACCACUUGGAAUGAAUUUUUUUUUCUGAUAUAUCUCAUCCUGUUAGGAUUAUGUUCAAGUUU